AUGGCCGGCGGUCUAGUGAAAUACCGGCACCUGAGCCGGAACUCAGCGCACCGACAAGCCCUGCUGCGAAACUUAGUCACGGCCCUCGUCCAGCACGAGUCCGUCCGCACCACCUGGCCCAAAGCCAAGGAGACCCAGCGGCUCGCCGAGAAGCUCAUCACCCUCGCGAAGCGGAACAACGAGGAUGCGCGGAGGAAGGCGCACGGCAUAUUAUUUACCCCCAACGCCCUCGUCCCCAAACUCUUCAACGAGCUGCGCAAGCGGUACGCCUCCCGGCCCGGGGGCUACACGCGCGUGCUGCGCACCGAGCCCGUGUCGCGGUACGACCAGGGCGACUCCGCCAUCCUCGAGUUCGUCGACGGACCCAAGGACCUGCGCUUCGCCAUCACCGCCGCGACGGUGGCCCGCGACCAGCGCCUCGGCCAGCCCUCGAACUACCUGACGAUGCUGAACAGGAAGAAGGUCACGCAGUUCAGGAAGGGGGGGGAGCAGGCGUUCGAGGAGAUGAUCAGGAAGGUUGGGGCGCUGGGGUUGGGGGGCAAGGGAAGCGGAGGGGGAGGGGCGAUGGGGGUUAGUGUGAGGAAGGGGGGAGAGGGCGCGGCGGCGAGCUAG